AUCAGUAUGAUCGAUAUCAGGUAAGAUUCAUCUGUAAUAGCAGUCUCAAAAGUUAGUGAUUUCAAUAACGCAUUGCAGCGAUUAAUCGAAGAGAUGAAAUCUUGUUGUAAGGAAGCAAAUUCAUACGAGAGACAGGUCUUCCAACGAUACGUGGACAAAUACGCCGUAUACUACGCGGCAUCUGCAGCUUGGUUUUAUUGGUGCGGUGCAAUUGUUCCCAUCGGAACGUUCUUCUUACCCGAUCCCUUUCCAACGAAUGCAGAAUAUCCGUUCCCAGUUGAUUUUGAACCCGUGAGGAGCAUAAUUUUCUUGCAACAAUCGCUCGUGGGUAUGCAGUGCUCGUCACUUCUGUGCACUAAUAUAUUUUGCGCGUUACUGUUGCUCUUCGCUGCAGCGCGCUUCGAAAUUUUAAUGACCGAAAUACGUGCCGCUAACAGUGUUAAAUCAUUGAUAACAUGCGUAAAAAAAUAUUAUACUCGGAAAAGGUAUGCAACGAUUCUACGAUACGCAGAAGAAGUAGCGAACACAGCUCGAUAUACAACUCUGAUUACGCUAUGUAUCUGUGGCAUAGAAAGCGUAUUUGCUGGCAUCAUUUUUAUCGGACGACAGCCAUUUACUCUGAAACUUCAAUUUGUUACCGUAUCUGUAACUGUGCUACUGGCGGUAUUCAUGUGUGCGUGGCCAGCUGACAACUUAAUAGAUGUAGUAAGUUCUAAAUUUUAGUAUUAUAGCUUCAGAUUAAGAAUUACAGUUAAGUAUAUUUUUCUACCAGAGUGAAAAUACUAUGCGAGCGGUUUACCAAUCUAAAUGGUAUGAACAGUCUCUAAGGACGCAAAAAUUUAUAUUAUUCAUGAUGAUUCCACAAUCUCCGGUGAUCUUAAGAAUCAAGUGUUUCAUUCCAGCUUUCUCACUGAACUAUUAUUGCUCGGUAAUGGAAUGAUUUUUCUUAAUCGAUUUCACUGCCAUCUUUAUCAUUGUAAUAAUUUAGGUACCAACUAUUUGAUAUUUCAGUUCAUCACAAACGUGCUUUCUAUGUUUACGGCUCUACGAGUUGUUAUGUAUCAAGAUGAAGAUUGAGUAGUUGACGAUAUCUAGCAAUCAUUUGUGAAUUGUGUAAUGACUUAAUUGUUACACAGUAAAUUCUUUCCUGUGAUCUGCUUAUUUCAUUGAUUAAAUUCCACUAGUUUGAACCGUUAGGAAAGUUGCGCAGAGGAAAGAUAACGCGCUUCCAAUCUGCACUGAACAUUAAGCUCUACGAUGAGUUUUACGGGAAAAUUUUUAAGUGUAAAAUUGAAUAAGCUGCCUUAUCUAGAAAUCUAGUGGAAGAAAGUUUAUCUAAUUGUAAGGUACCUACCGUUUAUUCAUAUAAUGCCAGCUAAUAUUUUUAUUCUUGAUUGGUUGCGUAGUAAAGCAGUGUGGGUUGAUGAUUGAGCUAAAUUGGAAAAAUAAAAUAGCAGGUGCUAUUUGUUAUUACAGAUAGAAGAUAUACAGGUCUGCUAUCCCAUAGAAAUCAUGUUAUGCAUCGGAAUAAAUUUAUUAUUCAUUA